AUGGAACCGAUAGGCGUAUUAAAGUGGAUAACCCUAUUGUGGAGAUGGAUGGUGAUGAGAUGACCAGGGUCAUCUGGGAAAAAAUCAAGGAGAGGCUAAUCUUUCCAUAUCUGGAUCUCGAGUGUCUUUAUUACGAUUUGGGUUUACCUCAUAGGGACCAGACUGAAGACCAGGUGACAUACGAUGCCGCACAGGCUAUACUCAAAUACAAUGUGGGCAUAAAAUGCGCCACCAUUACGCCCGACGCCGCCCGUGUCAAGGAGUUCAAUCUGAAGAAGAUGUGGCCCUCACCUAACGGCACCAUCAGAAACAUAUUGGGCGGCACUGUCUUCAGGGAACCAAUUAUAUGCAAAUCCAUUCCACGACUAGUGCCCGGUUGGACACGUGCUAUCGUUAUUGGCAGACAUGCCUUCGCUGAUCAAUACCGGUGCCAAGAUUUACAAAUCAAUGGUCCGGGAAAAGUAGAACUUAUAUACACUCCGGCCGACGGCACUAAACCAAACGUCAUGGAAGUCUAUAACUUCGAGGGAAAGACAGCGAGUGGUGGCGUAGCCCUGAGUAUGUACAACACCACUGAGUCAAUCACUGGUUUCGCGUACUGUUGCUUCGAGUACGCCCUCAGCAAGAAAUGGCCACUUUAUUUGAGUACCAAAAACACUAUUCUUAAGCAAUACGACGGCAGGUUCAAAGAUGUCUUCCAAGAGAUCUACGACCGCGAAUAUAAGGCUAAAUACGAUGCGGCGGGCAUUUGGUACGAGCACCGGCUGAUCGACGACAUGGUGGCCCAGGCGCUCAAGUCAAACGGUGGGUUUGUGUGGGCGUGCAAGAACUAUGAUGGCGAUGUCCAGUCAGAUGUGGUCGCACAGGGAUAUGGUUCGCUCGGUCUCAUGACAUCUGUGCUCAUCUGUCCGGACGGCAAGACUAUUGAAUCGGAGGCAGCGCACGGAACAGUGACCAGACAUUUCCGGGAACACCAGAAGGGAAGGCCUACCAGUACUAACCCGAUUGCGUCUAUAUUCGCGUGGACUCGAGGUCUGGACCACAGGGCUAAGCUCGACAACAACAAGGCUUUGGCUAAGUUUGUCAGACGUCUUGAGAAGUCGUGCGUUGAGACCGUAGAUGACGGGCACCUGACUAAGGAUUUGGCCGGUUGUAUACAUGGCCUCAAGAACCUCAAAGAAGGCGACUAUUUAUAUACAAUGGACUUCUUGGACGCCAUUGUCGAGAAUCUAGAGGACAAACUCGGAGACUCCAAAUGAUAACCCAUUGAACUAUAAUUAGAAACAAUUUUCAUUAACUUUUGCGGAAAUAUUCUUUUGACGAAUUGUAUAACUAAUGGAUUUUAGGUUUUAUUUCUCUGUUUUAAAUUAUUACUUAUGUUGCCUUUAAUUGAUAUCAAAUUACCGCAUAUUUCGAUCAUUUUAGGGUUUAUAUUAUUUUUUCUCAUUCCAUGCAAAAUCACUGUAAAGUUAUUUAUUUUCAAUAAUUUAUUUCUAUUAUAUUUAAAAUUUUAGUCUUUAUUUUUGAAAUGUCAACAAUUGGUGCCAUAAAAAGUAAUUCACUUCAAACAAUAAGUAUUAUUAGCGCUCAAUACAUACCUCUGCCGUAACCAUAAUUAAAAUGUGUGCUUAUGUUUGAAUGGGUCCCUAAACUGGCAUUUAAUGGGAAAACAAUGAAUUUUUACUCUAAAUUUGGGAACACUUAAUGAAAUGAAAUUUUGUAUUCAAUUCUUCAAAGAAUUUUACAUCAAUUCUGCAAAACAUAGAAUGUAUUUACAAUUAGAC